AUGUUUUCCCCCAAGCUGAGCACUGGGGGAGGGCUAAAGGCACUGUCAAGAGUGACACACCCCUCUCCAGCAGCAACAGAACCACCUAAUCUGCAGCAGCAGCUGGACAAACCACCAUUCACAAGGCACUUUGAGAAUUUCAGGAUGAAAGCAUCUCCGGUCUUUGCCUGCCUAGCUCUGGGCCUGGCCUCCAUCCUUGGUGAAGGAUCUGCCUCAGACCAUCGCCAGCUUCAGGCGGCCCAUAAGGUCACAGAUUUUGGAGUGAAGGUGUUUCAGCAGGUGGCCCAGGCCUCCAAGGACCGUAACGUGAUUUUCUCACCCUAUGGUGUGGCCUCAGUCCUCGCCAUGCUGCAGCUAACAACCAGAGGAGAAACCAGGCAGCAGAUCCAAGCAGCAAUGCAAUUCGAUAUUGAAGAGAAGGGCAUGGCCCCUGCCCUUCGUCAGCUGUAUAAGGAGCUCAUGGGGCCAUGGAACAAGGAUGAGAUCAGCAUCGCCGAUGCCAUCUUCGUUCAGCGGGAUCUGAAGCUGGCUCAAGGUUUCAUGCCUCACUUCUUCAGGCUGUUCCGCACCACAGUCAAGCAGGUGGACUUUUCAGAGAUUGAGAGAGCCAGGUUCAUCGUAAAUGACUGGGUGAAGAGACACACAAAAGGCAUGAUUAGUGACUUACUUGGUGAAGGGGCCGUGGACAGCCUGACACGCCUGGUACUAGUGAAUGGCCUGUACUUCAAUGGCCACUGGAAGACACCAUUCCCAGAGUUGGGCACCCACCACCGCCUCUUCCACAAGUCCGAUGGCAGCACUGUCUCAGUGCCCAUGAUGACUCAGAACAGCAAGUUCAACUACACUGAGUUUUCCACCCCUGAUGGCCAUUACUACGACAUCUUGGAAUUGCCCUACCAUGGGGACACUCUCAGCAUGUUCAUUGCUGCUCCCUACGAAAAAAAGGUGCCUCUCUCAGCCCUCACCAACAUUCUGGAUGCCCAGCUCAUCAGCCAGUGGAAAGGAAAUAUGACCCGUCUGCCCCGCCUCCUGAUUCUGCCCAAGUUCUCCCUGGAGAGUGAAGUUGACCUCAGGAGGCCCUUGGAGAACUUGGGGAUGACCAACAUCUUUAAUCCAAGUCAGGCGGACUUCUCCACUUUUUCAGAUCAAGAGCCUCUUUAUGUAUCGCAGGCCCUGCAAAAAGUGAAGAUCAAGGUGAACGAGAGAGGCACGGAGGCAUCCUCCUCUACAGCCAUUGCCGUCUCAGCCCGAAUGGCCCCUGAGGAGAUCAUCAUGGACAGACCCUUCCUCUUUGUGGUGCGGCACAACCCCACAGGAACAGUCCUUUUCAUGGGCCAAGUGAUGGAACCCUGA